ACGUAACAGUGUCCGAGUGACCGAGUCAAAAAAAUACACGGGUGUAUUGAAUGGCUACUGAAAAUAUUGGGGUUAAGAUGAGACGUUUUGAAACAGCUACAGUAACACAUUACGAGACAUAAUAUCAUAGUUUUACACCAACAUGAAGAUCACUGAAACAUUUUUUCUUUGAGUGAAAAUACUUUUGCACAGUAUUGCACAUCUAAAUUUUUUAAAGGCGACAUCUAAUGGAGGAGUGGAAACUCGUAUAUGACAAUAUGGCCUUCGUGUACUUCUAUUCUGGAUACGUGAAUUUUGCAGUUUUCCACUACUGAAUAGGGACUCAAAGCAUUAUUUUCAAUGAUAUUAAAGAUCGGACUGUCGCAGAUGGCCGUUGUAGAUUUCAACAGAAACUGAGUAUAUGCUGGGGCAGUAAUGUAAAGAAACUGAAAGCGAAAAACAGGACUAACAUUCUGAAGUAGUAAACGGAAGCCUCGGGUGGUUAUUUUAGACGCGAGUGACUUCCUUCACAAGGAAUUAUCUGCACGCCUGCCUGUGACGUUACCUGUCCUUCCACGCAUUUACCCGCAGGCGUAUUUCACCUGUUACGCAUGCGCAGUGCUGAUCCCGGCAGGGGAAGCCCCAACCAUAAUGCUGAGCUUCGGGAAAAAAACGUCCAGGUGUGCGCAGGUGCCUUCUGCUCAGACACAGAAAAAUCCAUCAAAUAUGUUUUGGUGAAAUGUUUUAGUGUAGACGCCGCAGGAUUUGACUGACAUGACACAGGAGAGUCGUUCAGAGGUUCUUUUGAGGUGGGGAGUGAAGAGGAGGAACAUGCAGUGGGACAUCCGGGGAGCGGCGGUGGUGGCCAGCGCCUUCCGCUUCCUGUACGGCUGCGCAGAGGCCUGCCUGCUCCCAUUCCUCACCAUAUAUAUGCGGCGCCUUGGCCUGGCAGCCUCCAUGGUCGGUGUGAUCAUGGGCACCAAGCACCUGGUGAGCCUCGUCUGUGGCCCCGCCUCCGCCUUUCUGGCCAGGCGUCAUGACAGGCGGCGAGUUGUGGUUACAGUGUCACUGCUGGGCUCUGCGGCUGCCUGCCUGGUCUUCCUGCUGAUUCCCUCUGCUGUCGAGCAGCCACCAAGUCCUCUCUGUAAUGACACCUCGGGGCCUGCAGAGGGCGCUGUGGUUUCUCACGAGCUGGGUGACUUCUCCUUUCAAGCCAGCAGUGUCACGCCCAGUCCGAGCUCCAUUACAAACCUGUCAUUAGGUUAUGACAACACGGUCUCCUACAAACCCAUGCCCUCAACCACAGUUUCGGUCCCAGAGACCUAUGGUGUGGUGAACAUGUCCAGUGCACACAGUCACGAAGGGCUCUCUCUGGAAAAUCACACAGAAUACGUAGGAUUUGUGAGCAGAAACCCAGAAGCAAACGUUUCUUUAGGUCAAAAUGCAUCGCAGACCUUGCUUUCUGGGAGAGUAUCGCGGUCAGCAGACGCAGCGGAGGAGUGGAAUCGGAGGCGAGGCGAGUUUCUUGGGGGCCUGAAGGUGAUGGAUCCCCAGCAUCAGCUCUUCUUCCUGCUGCUUCUGGCAGUCAGCCUGUGGGUGGCUCUCACGGCGCCGCUGGACAGGACGGCCGCCGAUGGAUUGUAUGAAUACCUAGACUUCGUGGAUGCCACUGACCGGCACCGAGCAACCCAGGCCUGGGCUUUCCUGGGGGGUGCAUUUGGGGCAUGUGGUGCAGGUCUCCUGGUCAGCAGGUUGGCCUGCCUGGUUUCCAGCAGCCGUGCCAUCCACUUCUAUGGUUACACCGUCCUCGCUGGUCUUGCCCUUCCCACCGUCUUGCUUUUGCCCAUGUACAGGCACAAGAAGCAGGAGGCCGCUGGGAAGAUGCUGAAGGCCCUGCGGCUGGUGCGGGGGCACCCCCGGGCACUGCUCUGUGCCUUGACGGUCUUCCUGGCUGGGGCAGCCAGGUCUGUAGUGAGUGACUUCCUGUUCUGGCAGAUGCAGGACCAGGGUAGCAGUGAACUCCACAUGGGUCUUGCCCUCACCCUGGACCUGCUGUCACAGUUGACUUUCAACCUCUUCAGCAGACACCUACCCCGUUUCCUAACGGUCGGCCGGGCUCUCAGUGCGGGCACAGCCUGCUUGACCCUCCAGUGCCUUUAUAGCUCUUUCUUGUGGGGUCCAUGGACGGUCCUGCCUGUCCAACCAUUGGUUGGCCUGGGUGUUGGCGCCCUCUGGUGGGCAGUGCAUGAGGUGAGUGAGGACAUCGCCACGCCGGGCACAGAGAGACACGUGCUCGGUAUAUUCCAGGUCAUGUCGGCGGGCCUGGGGGGUAGCUUGGGCAGUUUUUCUGGGGGCUUGGUGGUGCAAAGAUUUGGCGUGCCGAUGCUCUUUCGUGGAGCAGCGGUGGUCUUGGCGCUCUGGACUCUGGGCCUUCCCAUACUCCAGUACCAGACCCCACACCAGAGGCGGAUCAACUAUUCCCAGCUGCUGACGGCUGACACGAGCGAGGCCAGCGACUCGGAAUCGGACCAGGACCGAGACUGGCUGGCGAAAGCAAUGCAUGACGACAAAACCAACAACAACAAUUGGUAAAAGACAAACUUUUACUGGUGGAUAAAAAGCUGCACUGUAAAUGACCAGACUUCCCAUUAAAAAGACAUUUUAGUGGUAUGGAUGAGCCUUGUCCUUGUAAAUCCAACCACGUUAGUGUUAUUGGUGUAAUGAUGACUGUUUUCUGUUUUCUGUUUCACAUUCAUCGAGUACAAAGUGUGUCCUUUGUCUCUCUAGCAUGUGUGAACAUCAUUAUGUCAAAUUUUUGGAUGGAAUUUUAUGGGCAAACAUUGAGGCACACUAACAAAAAUUAUAACCGAAAUUUGCAAUGUGAAGUUAGGGCUUUGAUGCUACCUGCUAGUCUGACUUAGUGACAGCCAGGUACCUAAUGGUGAUACUUGAAGAAAUAUUAAUUUAUGAAAUACUUUGAACUGGUUGAAUUCAGAUUAGUAAUGGUUAUGCCAGUAAUGGUUAGAAAUGUAGCACUGUAAAUACAAGGCUGUGAAACACUUGUGGGGGGGGCUGUUGGGCUCUGGGAUUUAAAAUGGGGGGGGGUUACCUAAGAAAAUGUGAAUGGACUUUUCCCCAUGGCUUAAAAUUCGAGGCCAUGAUUGAUUGUCAGGCCUAUAUUUCUGAUUGUUUGGAAAACACACCUUUCAGGUGAAAUAUGUUGUUGUCACCCUGUGUUUGUUUCCUUUAUAAUCUUCCUAAAAUGGUUUAGCAGUGACUCCCUGGACAUGUAAAAAACAAUGGUGUUAAUAAACAUCAAUUAAGAAAA